AUGCAAUUUUUUCAAUUUAUAUUUUUGAAACGUAAUUGGGCAGUUGAUAAAGGGCCAUUAACAAAGCAAAUGACACGUUUUGCUAGAUCUAAUGAUCCUUUAUGGUUGCUGAUUUUUCCAGAAGGAACUAUAGUAUCAGAGGAGACACGUGUAACUUCUAAAAAAUUUGCGGAUAAAACUGGUUUGGUUGAUCACAAAUAUGUAUUAUUACCUCGUUCUACCGGAUUACAUUUUUGUAAAUCAGCAUUGGGAAAAUCAAUAGAUUAUCUAUAUGAUUUAACCAUUGGAUUAGAAGGUGUGUCACGAGAGAUAUAUCCCCAAGAUAUUUACACCCUAAGAAGCAUUUAUUUCGAAGAAAUUCCACAAGAUGAAGACAAAUUUACCAUAUGGUUGAGAGAUCGUUGGUCCGAGAAAGACGUGAUGAUGGAAGAAUUUUAUAAAAAUGGACGAUUUUCGUCUUAUGAAUCACCUAGAAUAGUUCCAAUGAGGUUGAUGAAUGGAUUUUUCGAAUUACUACAAAUUUGGUAUUUCGUAAUACCUUUAAUACCUUUACUAUAUUAUUACUCACAUACUAUAUUUGAGAGUAUUUCAAGGGGUUGUUUUGGUGAUCAAGUUCCUACAACAGAGCUUGGAAUCAUGGGAGAACAAAGAGAAUGGUCGCACACAUUUAGUAAUCUUAAAUUGUUAAAGAAUAUGACGGUGAUAGUGAUUAAAUCAACCAAUACUUUAGCAUAUAAAAUUAUGAGUCCCACAGAAAACGAGG